AAUAAAAUAAAACAAUAAUUAUCUUCAUUUUCAUAUGUGUGUGUGCUUAUAAUUGAUUAAACUCAACAAUUUGGAUGAUUGACAAAUUUUCUAAAAAUUGAUAAGUCAUAUUUUUUUUACUAACUGAAUAAUUUGAUUAAAGACGGCAUAUUGAAGGUUUUGAAAAUGCGUUCAUCAUUUUUGAUUUUAUCAAUCAUUAACCUUCUAACAAUCGUUCAUUGUGUUAAUUAUGAACCGAAUUGGAAAUCAUUAGAUGCUCGUCCAUUGCCUGAAUGGUAUGAUCGGGCGAAAAUUGGAAUCUUUCUACAUUUCGGUUUGUUUUCCGAACCUUCUUAUGUUUCUGAAUGGUUUUGGGAUUUUUGGCGUGACUCAUCUACUCCAUAUGUUUGGCAACAUACACAACUUUUACGGUACAUGAGAGAUAAUUUCAAGCCGAAUUUCACCUAUGCAGAAUUCGGCUCCAAUUUUCGAACCGAAUUCUUCAAUGCUACUCAAUGGGCAGAAAUUAUUAAAAAAUCUGGAGCUAGAUAUACAGUUUUGACCACCAAACAUCAUGAAGGUUUUACAUUAUGGCCAUCAUCAUAUUCAUUUCAAUGGAAUUCAAUGGCUUUAGGACCUAAACGUGAUAUUGUUGGCGAAUUCAGCGCAGCCAUUCGAAAAAUUGGCAAUAUUCAUCUUGGUCUCUAUUAUUCGUUAUUCGAAUGGUUUCAUCCAUUAUAUCUGAAAGAUAUGGAACACAAUUAUACUACCCAUGAAUAUGUACGAUUGAAAGCUCGACCGGAACUAGAAGAACUAAUUAAUACAUAUCGACCGGAGCUUUUGUGGUCAGAUGGUGAUGCUGUGUAUAAUGAUACCUAUUGGAAUAGUACCGAUAUCUUGGCAUGGCUCUAUAAUGACAGUCCAGUAAAAGAUGUAAUCGUAACGAAUGAUCGAUGGGGAACAAAUUGCCACAACAAACAUGGUGGUUUUUUCGAUGGUCCUGAUCGCAAUAAUCCAGAUUCAUUGCCUAAACAUAAAUGGGAAAGUGCUAUUAGUAUCGACCAAGUGGCAUGGGGUUAUAGAAGAGAAGCUUCACUUGAUCAAUUAUUAACUAUUAAUGAAUUAAUCCAUCAACUUUUAAAAACAAUUAGUUUUGGUGGCAAUUUUCUUGUUAAUGUUGGACCUAAUAAAGAUGGCCGAAUAAUGCCCAUUUUUGAAGAACGUUUAUCUCAAUUGGGAGAAUGGUUGGAAAUUAAUGGGGAAGCAAUUUAUGAAAGUCAAAUUUAUGAAAAAUGUCAAAUGUCAAAGAAUAAUCAAACAUUUUAUACAAAGAAAAAUGAUGGUAUCUAUGGAAUAACGUUGGAUUGGCCAAAUGAAGGUAUUAUGGAAUUUGAAUGUAUCGAUUAUGAUGAUGUGAAUCAGGUUACCAUGCUCGGUUCUGAUGAGUCAAUAAAAUUUGGUCCAGGUUCAAAUGGAACAUUGGUAAAAUUUCCAAAAUGGAUUCCUAACACAUUUAAAUACGCAUAUACUUUUAAAUUUCAUGUUUGAAAAAAAUUUAAAGACUUUAUUGCAUAUUAAACAAUUCUUUAUUAAUAUAAUUAUAUUAUUAAUUUCACAAAAUAAACAAAAAACCCCAUCUAUAAAUUCGUGAUAAA